GAGUUCCGGAUGAACACUCAGUUCCCGUUAUAGUUCCACGGCCAGCGCGAGAUAUGGUAAGUUCUUUUCAGGCCAUGGCAACUGGCUUCUAACAGACCUAGGUUAAACCAGGCGGACCGGGCAGGCCGUUCUCUACGUACAGGAACGGCAACAAGACUGUCGGAAGCGGGCCAGACAGACCACAACAGCGAAGCUCCCCGAAGGCAUUUAAUUUGUUUCCAGAUCGCCCCCGCCCACCAUCAGUCGACCGCGACAUUGAACAGGCAGCCAAGAGGCGGAAGAUCAUGGAUGUGUCUGGGAGCCCCGACGAAAGCGCUGACGACAUAUUAUACGAGCGAACAAGGAACACAACGGCGAGCUCUCGCCCAACAAAGACAAUCGCGAGUGGUAUCCCUCCGCUGGAAAGGAAACAUCCGGGGCGGGGGUUUGCUGUCGACGAAUUUAGGGGGGUCGAGGACACGGUGAGUGGCAGCCGACGGCGGCGACGCCCGGACGGUCAACGUUCUUCGACCCAGUCUUCUCCUGAAGCGACGAUUAUGGACGGCGAUGAAAUUCAAUACUCAGAGCUUGAAUUUGCUAAGCCACCGGAGCCAUAUAGAGGGACUGCAAAACUUUUUCCUUCAAGGGCAGAAAAGGAAAGGUAUAUAAGGAACUCCGAGCAAAGGCGGUUGGCCGAACCAAGGUCUGGACAUUUUAUUGAACCCUCCACGAAGUCGAACAUUUCAGUUUCAAAGAGGGAAGCCCCGAUCAUCCUGGAUAGGGAAAAAGAUUCUAGGCAAACUCGUGUCCGAAACCUAAGGAUUCAUGAUGGGGGCCCUCGGAAUAGUGUCGAGAGCAUCUCCGAUGAUGAGCUAUCCAUGGGCAAAUCAGGGGCAGACUUGAAGAAGACAACUACCAGGACUGUCAUGAGCCAGUUCUCGGGAAGCCCAACAUCUGGCAGUAUGAGUAGAGCCGGAGAUAUUCGGUCAAGUCUCCCGCGGCAGAACCAGCGGAAAACACUCGGCAGGGCUGGAAAGCCAAGUUCAGGAGAGCGCCCAAGGUUUCUCGUGACGUAUAUGAGAUCUGCACCAGAAAUAAUUACUCCCGUUAAAGGAGAGGAGCCAUGGUAUUUACAAUACAACCCGAUGGAGUCGCGAAUGGACGUGAUGUUGGGGGAUUUGAAUCUCACAGAGAAACGACAACAUCUAAGCUAUACCUUCGAUCCGACCGCUGUUACAAAAAUAACUUAUAGCCCCGAAAACUUCAAAGCAGCGCUGUGGGUUACUGAACGUAAUACCAUGACAGGAAGCCUGCCAAAACUUCUUCUGGAGGUUGAUAACGAAGUAUUUUACGAUUUCGUGACGUUCCUCCAGAGUAAGAGCCAGGCAUCGGCUUUCGAGGAGAGCGGUGACAAACUAGAGCGGACUUUUCUUAAUACCGGGAAAUCUUAUGAGGUAUUUCAGCGCCGCAAAGCAGAUGAUUUGAAUCUGCUGAAGCAGAGGAGGAAUCAACGGCACCAGGCAAGUGAUGCGGGCCUCACUGGCGAUGGGAAGAGGCCGGGAAAUUUUGACAGCUCUGAAGAACCGCCGAGAAGUAAAAAACUGCACGAGAGGUUGCAAAACGGAUAUUCCGACAAUGAAACUUCUAAACCUGACGGUAACUCUAUCGAAACUAAACGAAGCAUAGAACGAAGUAGAGAAUUAGGAGACGAGACCCAAUCGCGUCAGUUUGGGCGAAAUGGAAACGAUAGCGACAAUCGCCCAACAACUCGUUCAACCAGAGGCCAAAAUAGGGAAAUCCGUAUAAGUUCACCUUCCCCAGUACGCUAUACCAAUAUACAUCGGGAUUGGCAAACAUACUGGGCUGGCGGCGAUGAGCCACUCAUAUUCCCACUUGGAGGCAUGAACAAAGCCCAAGUCGAUAAGCGCGACAUAGAGCGGCUCGACGAGGGCGAGUAUUUGAACGAUAACCUCAUUACUUUCUACCUGCGGUAUCUCCAAGAGAAGACUGAGAAAGAGCGGCCGGAUGUCUUCAAGCGGGUCUUUUUCAUGAAUACGUUUUUCUACCCGCGACUUAUACAGGGUAAGGGCCGCAAGAACAUCGAUUACGACGCUGUCAAGAGGUGGACUUCAAAGGUUAACAUAUUUGGCUACGAUUAUGUUGUUGUGCCAGUCAAUGAGAACAAUCAUUGGUACGUUGCAAUCAUUUGCAAUCUGCGAAAACUACUCCUAUCUCCAGAAGAGAAAAUAUCAAAGGGGGACGAGCAGGUCCAUGAGAAAGAGGUCGUGGAUUUGGGUGACGCGGGUAAUACUACAAGCCCCGCUCAGCUUACCUCCGAACACAAGGAGGGAUCUGUGCCUCCUGAGAUGGCACGCAAGGUCAGCAGACUUUCAAUCGAUGAUAGGGUCAGUCCAGAGCAGCCCAAGGGAGCGAACCACAUCGAUGUCGAACGCAUAAAUCCAGGCACGCCAAGCCAUAUAUCGACAGCGGACGACGACACGGAUCGUCCCCAGAAAGCGACAUCAAGCGCAUCUAAGGGCCGAAAAGGGAAGAGGAAAUCCAUCCCACCCGUUCGCAAAUACAACACCGAAGAGCCGCGCAUCAUAACACUGGAUUCGUUCGGAGUGUCGCACUCUCCCACCUGCUCGAACCUCCGCGACUUCCUCAUCGCCGAGGCGAAGGAGAAGCUCGGUGUCGAGAUCACCCUCGCGCAGCCCAGCAUCGGUAUGACAGCCAAGAAUAUUCCACAGCAGGACAACUUCUGUGACUGCGGGCUGUUUCUACUAGGGUAUGUUGAGGGCUUCCUCGAUCACCCGGAUGAGACUAUCCAUAGCAUCAUGCAAGGGAGGACGGAUAUGGCGAGUAGUUUUCCGAAGAUGAACGCGCCGGACAUGCGGAAUGCAAUGAGACAGCUCAUCUUUAAGUUGCGAAGUGAGCAGACAGCAACGGAACACGCAGCUAAGAUCGCCAAGAUAGCUGCCAAGAAAGCUGGGAAGGCAAAGGAGCAGCCGGCUGGCGAGUCUAAAAGCGUUUCUUCGGCUUCGAUGUCGCCGAAACCACCUGCGCCGCCGAAACUGGAGGCCAAAGCGGUCGAGGAACUUGCCUCUGCGAUCGUGACUAAGGUGGUGCCAAAGCCGUCUGAGGAGGUGGUAGUCGAAGAGGAACAGCCUAAUAAGGAGUCCCCACCAACGUCUGAUGAGGCUGCAACAGUAGAUUCCUUCAUCGACAUCCUUGCUGGCUACGAAGCCGACACAGAAAAAGACGAGAAAGCCACCGAACCCUCACCUCCCAUCACUGCCCCUCCGAUCGAAGAGCUGCCCGGAACCCCCUGCAGCGCGACCAGGGACGAGGCAUCAAGUCCCAAGACAAGCUCCACAAAGAGCAAGUUUUUCAACGUGAAAACCAAAGGAAUGCAGCCUAAAUUCCCCUCCAAAGAUCGGAAUCGUCAACGGAAGGACGCGGGUGAGGUGUCUGUUGAGGUACCGCCGUCGACGCCGCCGCCGCGGCAGCCACAGCAGCAGAAGCGCUCUUCGCCUCGGAAUCACAUUGACAUCCCGUCGGAGUCGAGUGAGGACUCUCUCCGAAUUAAUAUGUCGCCGAGUAUUCUGGGACGCAAGGCUGCGCCUAAACACAAGGAUGAGAUUCCGGACUCGCAGGGCGAUGAUGCUAAGCAAGGUGGUGGGCGGGGUGUGGAUAAAGGCAAAGUGGUUGAAGACCUGACGGAGACGCCUAGGAUGAGGGCAGGCGAGGCGGCUCUGAAGAGGCAGAAAGAUAUGGUGGGGGUGCAGAAGAAAAAGUCGGGCGCUGGGGGGGUGUUUGGUAGCCCGAGGGAGAAGGGGAGGAAGAAGGACCCGGUGGUGGUUGAUGAUGAGGAAUAGGAUGGGCAAACUCCGAGGGAGAAGGGAGGAAGAAGGAAGAAGGAAGAAGGCACCCAGUGGCCAACCUGGUUGAUGAGGAAUAGGACGGGCAAGGGGGAGGGCGGGGGUGGUUUUUGAUAUCGAUGAACAUAGCCAUGGCGUUUUUUUUGUCUACACGGGGGAUACGGGGCAUUGGCUGGGCGCAGUUGGCAUAGCAUUUUGACCGAGGGGUGGGCGUUUUUUUAGGGAGAGCGAUAUGGGUGGAGAUAUGGGAGGAUGUUAGGGUAGUAAUGAAGUGUUGCUAUUGCCAAUGGCAUCAUCUAUUCUUUGAUUGAGUCAGAUGAGUGCGACAGAAGCUUCUUUUGUGGAGGUCGGCGUCAGCCGUCGUCGCCGAGGUUUUUCGUCACUUUUAUUUCUCAUCGCUGCCCUAUUCUCACCCUGUGCCGCGGGUAUUGCUUCCAAGGAAUUGUGAUGCUUAAUGCAUAGCCGCCUUCAUUUAUUGUUGUGGUGUUUUAUUUUUAUUUUUAUUUUUAU